UGGGCACCAGGUAUUUUGGCCCAGCAACAAGACAGCAAGACACCCCUCCUGGCAAAUUGUUAGUUUCAGAAGAAACUGCUUUAAAUUUGAAAUUUGAGAAAGCACUUGCAAAGGGCGGUAAGCAAUGUAUCCUUGAACCAUACCCUUUCUUCCUGAGACUAUCUUGUGUUAACAUUCACGUACACCCGUAUGGUAAAGUUUUGAAUACCAAAGGCGUUUUCAUUUUUCCAUGGCCAAACUGGCCCACCAGCUGUAUUCCGCUUAUUCUCAUUAGUGUUAGCCUUCGGCUCCGAUCCCUCCAGCCUGAGUAAGGAUCCCAUUUUGUUGUCGUUUGAUAGGUUCUUCUCAGUAUAAAGGCUCGCAUGGCCGAUAAUCAUCGGAUCUUUAAAUCAGUGCACCAGAAGGGACAAGAGCCUGAAGGGCAGGGGAGAGGGGAAGUGGGAAAGUAGGCACUGCCCUCCGAGGUGGAGACAGCAGGUCAGGAAGGAGGCGAGACUGGCCCACGAAGAACUUGCUCUGACGCAAUCCAGAAACGUCAGGCGGCGCUCGGGAUGACACCUCCCGUUUUUUAGUCAGUCGCGCGUCUCUCUUUAUAUUGGCUCUUCUGGCUUUCCGUUUUUUUUUUUUUUUACUCGAAGGGAGGGGUAGAACGUCCUCUUUUAUCGUUUAGACUUCCGGUGAAAGCUGAUGGGCGAAAACGAGUUGAUACAUGGAGCUACCAGCUACUCAGUGCAAAAGACUAGGAACUAAAACUGGAUUUACUAAAAUAAUUGGAAAAUCUUGUUUUUAAAAUUGUGGUACCCGGAGCUCCAUUCACCGGACACCUUGGAACCGCCGGAAGUCUUUCAACGGAGAGACAGGAAGUGCCGCCUCUUCCUCCCAAAGGGAAGACGGUGAGCCGGAGGAGUCAGUCAGAGGGGCGAGCAGGAGCGAUUCCGUGGGCAAACAGGUUUUCAGUGCCAAUUAAGCCUCCUUUGAUACAAGAAAUAUCACCUGCAUUUUAUUAAUGAUGGAUUCUGAUAAUAAACCUGACAAUGAUGAGGAUGAAAAUGUAAACAAGGAAACAAAAGACUUGAAAAGUGUUUCAUCUAGUAAUGACAAUUGUGGGCCUAUAUCUGAUGGGAUAGCACAUUCCUCUGAGAGUUUCACAAGCAAACGAGCCUUUUCAGAGUCAUCCAGCUUGGGCAGCAUUGCUAUGGAGGAAGACAGAAAUAAUCAUGCUGCCAAACGAAUGAGACUAGAGGAGGCAGAGCCUCUUAAAUCUGCAGAAGAGAGCACCUGUGGAUUCAACACUCCAGUUAGCUCAGCUUCAGAAGUGGGUGUCUUGUUAGAUGAAGCAGGAAAGGAGACCUUCCUGAAGGACUGCUCAGACAGAGGCACAGAUCUUUUAAAUGCUAUGCCAUCCUCUUGUGAUUUUAAAACUAUUGAUGCUGUUUCUCUGAAAACAGAUACUGAAAGCAAGUCUGCUCAGGAAAUGAAUGCAGAAAGAGAAUCUCCUUUCCCUCUGAAAGAAAUGAGUGUUAGUUGUACCACUGGAAAUGUAGAUACAGUUUUCAAGUGUAGUGUAUGUGGUCAUUUGUUUUCUUCGUGCUUGGAUUUGGAAAAACAUGCUGAAUGUCAUGGGCAGCAUGUUAAAGAACAUGCCUGCUGUCACUGUAACCACAAAGCAGAGAGCAGCACAGCUCUCCAUAUCCAUAUCAAACGUACACAUGGACCACAGAAAGCCUUUUCUUGUGAUCUUUGCGGCUUCCAGUGUGUGGAGGAAAACCUGUUGCACGCACACUAUCUUGGCAAAACACAUCUCCGGCGACAGAAUCUUGCUGCUCGUGGAGGAUUUGUACAGAUCUUAACAAAACAAUCUUUUCCUAAAAAAACAUGUAUAACAGGAACCAAGAAUAUUCGGGCAAAACCAAGAACAAAGAAUAGGCAUUCAAAAGGUUUACAAAACAUUGGGAGCAAAUUUAAAGACUCUGGAGGAAGCACUUCUCAGCAUAGUGGCAGUGGCAGUGAGCUCCUUGUUGAAAUGAUGCCAUCCAAUAAUACUUUAUCAGAAAAAGCAGAGAUUGUUGAAGAAAAUGUUACCUCCUUUGGUACAGGUGGAAAUCUUGAAGAACAAAAUAAAAAGUUAGGAUAUGUAACCUCUGAGGAUUUUUUAGAUAAAUCAGAAUCUACCAAAAAUAUCCUACAAACACCACAUAGUAUCAGUAUCGCCUCGAGGCCAAGGCCUGAACGAAACAUUUUAGUGUUGAGUAAUAGCUUUCGGCGAUCAAGUGGCACUUUUAUCUUGAAGGGCCAGGCAAAGAAAAGGUUUAAUCUUUCAGGAAUUAAUAAAAGAGGCGCAACUGAAACCCAGAGGAUAUAUAUGAAACAUUUUAGAACACAAAUGAAAACAAAUGAUGGAGAGCCAGUGCUGAAACACCAAGAUGUGAACAAUGAUGUUCAGAGUCUGUGUGUGCCUACCUCAGACCCUCCAAAAGUGUUGCAGGACAAGAUAAGCUCCAGCCUUCUGGAUCCCAUGCACCUGGACUCCUCAACAACAAAGCCAGGUCCUGACCAUCAGAUGGUGUAUACGUGUACAAAUUGUGAUCAUAUAGCUACAAAUAGGGCAGAUUUGGAAGUCCAUGUGAAAAAGUGCCAUGCAAAAGAGAUGAAAUUUUAUUGCCAGAUGUGUGACUUUUCUGGUGCAUCAAGGAGGGACUUAGAGGAACAUUUGCACAAUAACCAGCAUCAGCAAACAGCUUCUGUCCUGAGUUGUCAGUGUUGUUCCUUUAUUUCUCUGAAUGAUGUAAAUCUUAGAGAACACAUGAAGGAAAAGCACGGGAUGGGGUUUUUUUGUAACUCUUGUAAUCUGUUCUUAUCUGAGAGUGACAUGGAAGAGCACAAUGCAACUGAGAAACAUAUUAAUUUAUUGGUUCAACCAAAGACUUCUGUAUCAUUGAACAGUGAUUUAGUUUUACAGACCUUACCUUUAAGUACUUUGGAGUUAGAAAACACAAAACCUUCUAUGAAUGAAUCAGGGAAAACAGUUCAGGAAGAACCUAUUAAAUCUAGAGUAAGUCAUGGACAUGAAGUAAGGCACUCAAGUAAGCCCCAGUUUCAAUGUAAGAAGUGUUUUUAUAAAACAAGAUCUUCUACUGUUCUCACAAGACACAUAAAGCUUCGGCAUGGUCAGGACUAUCAUUUUCUGUGUAAAGCAUGCAAUCUUUAUUCAUUGAGCAAGGAAGGAAUGGAGAAACACAUUAAAAGAAGCAAGCAUCUCGAGAAUGCCAAGAAAAAUAAUAUUGGCUUAAGCUUUGAGGAAUGCAUCGAAAGGGUAUGUAUUGGUGCAAAUGAUAAAAAAGAAGAUCUGAACAUUUCUGGAAGUGGAAGGAGUGAAGGCCACAUAGAUGUGCAGUUACAAGAACAUACCUAUCUUGAGAAGAGCAUACUAAUGCCUAAGGAAUUGUCACAAUCUGGAGUUACUACUAAAGAUGAUGAUUUAGCCUUGACCACUGCUCCAAAGAGAGGGAGACCCAAAGGCAACAUCUCAAGGACAUGUUCACAUUGUGGUCUUUUGGCCUCCAGUAUUACAAAUUUGACCGUUCAUAUUAGGCGUAAACACAGUCAUCAGUAUAGUUAUUUAUGCAAAGUAUGUAAAUAUUAUACUGUAACUAAGGGAGAUAUGGAGCGUCAUUGUGCCACCAAGAAACAUAAAGGACGGGUAGAAAUAGAAGCAAAUGGGAAGCAAAGUUCAGAUAUCAUUAUUGGUCCUGAAGGAGCAAAUCUUGAAGCUUGUAAAAAGAAUACCCAGUCAGCAUUGAAUAAUUUAGAUGAACUUGCUAACAAGUUAGUGGAGUCGGAGACCUCUGUUUUGGAAAAGCCAUUAGAUGAUCGUGGAAAUCCAACUGAGGUUGAAGUUGAAAAUGCAUUUCAUUCUGUAGAUGGAGAAGGUACUGGCCAUCUUACUGAUAGAAAGGACCAAAUACCAGUAGAGUCGGAGGACCUUCUCCAGCAUGGUGAUGCAUGUUCCCAGAGAGAUGUUACAGGUACAAGUGAUAAUAAGUGUCUACACUGUGAGUUUAAUGCUCACUCUUCUGCUUCUCUAGAGCUGCAUGUGAAACGGAAACAUACAAAAGAAUUUGAGUUUUAUUGCAUGGCUUGUGAUUACUAUGCAGUGACUCGUCGAGAGAUGACAAGGCAUGCAGCAACAGAGAAGCACAAAAUGAAAAGGCAGUCAUAUCUUGGCUCUUCUAAUGUAGAAGCAGGUUCUACAGAAAUGUCCAAAAACAUCAUCAUAACUGAAGAGGAGCAGUCACAAAACACUGCAGAGUUUCAGAUCAUUUCAGAACAAACAUCUGAUAAUCUGAAAUCUAGAAAUGCUGCCUGUUCUAUUAUAGAUGAGAAUACUAAUCUAGAUAUAUCUAAAGUACUCUGUCCUCCUAACUCUGUAGAAAUUGAAACUGAGGGAGAAUCUAAUCUCAAUGAAAACCAUUCGUUUUGUGAGACUUUGCAACAGCCCCUUGUCAAGGAGAAAGAUAUUAAACCUGCGAUAGUAUCUGUUAAUAUUUCCUCUAGUUUUGGCUCCCCAAGUAGAUUUAAAAAUGAAAAUUCACGAAGCUCAGAUUUGAAUUGUGAGACAGAAAAGAAAAACCAUGAUAUGUUGAAUGACAUAAUGGCUUCAAGUACACACUGUGAAAGCAAUGGAGAAAAUGCAGCAAGUAGCAGAGGUCAAGUCCUUGACAAAUACUUGUGUGCUGGAGUCCUCAGUGGAGGGCAGUCUGCUGAAGGUACUACCUCUAUGAUAACAUCCAGAGAUGGCACUGAUCAGAACAAAGUUGAAUGUGCACACAGUUCAGAAGAUUUGAAAGAUGUGCAAGCAAAUUCUGUCCUGGAGAAUAAGGAAAUUCUGAUGAAUUCACCACAUGAAACUGAAGUUAUUUUGGAAGAGGAUGACCCCGUUUCUGAAAGGACUGUUGAACGUAAUGAUGUUUACGAAACUAUAAUCAGUAUUAAUGAUAAAGGGCAAGCCAUGUAUAGUUUUGGCCGGUUUGAUUCUUCUAUAAUUAGAAUAAAGAAUGCUGAAGAUAGUGAAUUGAUAGACCAACCGGAAGAGAGUCUACUGGGAAUGGGGAUGAGAAUUAGUGAGUUGCCCUUAAAAGAUUGUGCUCAAGGCUUGAAAAAGAAGAAAACUGAAGGUAGUUCCUUUAGCGAGUCCUCACGAAUCCGUUGUGAUGAUUGUGGCUUCUUAGCAGAUGGACUGAGUGGACUGAAUGUCCACAUAGCCAUGAAGCACCCUACAAAAGAGAAACAUUUUCAUUGUUUACUCUGUGGGAAAUCAUUCUAUACAGAAAGCAACCUUCACCAGCAUUUGGCUAGUGCUGGUCAUAUGAGAAAUGAACAAGCCAGUGUAGAAGAACUUCCAGAGGGAGGGGCCACCUUUAAAUGUGUCAAGUGUACAGAGCCCUUUGAUUCUGAACAGAAUUUAUUUCUACAUAUUAAAGGACAGCAUGAGGAAUUGUUGCGGGAGGUGAAUAAGUAUAUAAUGGAAGACACUGAGCAAAUCAACCGGGAGAGAGAGGAAAACCAGGGAAAUGUUUGCAAGUACUGUGGGAAGAUGUGUCGAAGUAGCAAUUCAAUGGCCUUUCUGGCUCACAUUCGCACACAUACAGGAUCAAAACCAUUCAAGUGCAAGAUAUGCCAUUUUGCAACAGCUCAGCUUGGAGAUGCCAGAAACCAUGUGAAAAGGCACCUUGGAAUGAGGGAAUACAAGUGUCAUGUCUGUGGGGUUGCUUUUGUAAUGAAGAAGCACUUAAAUACUCACCUGCUAGGCAAACAUGGAGUUGGCACACCAAAAGAAAGGAAAUUUACAUGCCAUUUGUGUGACAGAAGUUUCACAGAGAAGUGGGCCUUGAACAACCAUAUGAAACUGCAUACAGGAGAAAAGCCUUUUAAGUGUACCUGGCCCACCUGCCACUACUCCUUCCUUACAGCCUCUGCAAUGAAAGACCACUACAGGACGCACACAGGCGAGAAGUCGUUCCUAUGUGACCUCUGCGGCUUUGCUGGCGGAACUCGGCAUGCCCUCACCAAGCACCGCCGGCAGCACACAGGAGAAAAGCCUUUCAAGUGUGACGAAUGUAACUUUGCCUCUACAACCCAGUCUCAUUUGACUCGGCAUAAGCGUGUACACACUGGAGAGAAGCCCUACAGAUGCCCCUGGUGUGACUACAGCGCACAGAGUGGUUGCAGAGCAAGACUGACCCACAGACUGACUUUUAGCCCAGGGUGUUUCUGCACCGUGGCGGUCUAUGGUGGAAGAGGCAGGAAGGGCCAGAUGGAAGGUGGUGCAAGCUUUUCCUACUUGUGUUCCUGUUUUCGGAGUCAGAAUGACCAUAAAAGGUCAAACUGUGCUGAAAAUAUCCGCAAACACAUUUUACAUACUGGCAAACAUGAAGGAGUCAAGAUGUACAACUGCCCCAAAUGUGACUACGGGACAAAUGUCCCUGUGGAAUUCCGAAAUCACUUGAAAGAACAGCAUCCUGAUAUUGAAAACCCUGACCUCGCUUACUUACAUGCUGGCAUUGUGUCCAAGUCCUACGAGUGCCGUCUGAAGGGACAAGGAGCCACCUUCGUGGAAACAGACAGCCCAUUCACUGCAGCCACACUGGCAGAGGAAUCUCCAGUCAAAGAGAAGUCCCUUCGGAACAGUAAAAGGCAGGCUGAGCCCCCUGAGCAGGUCCAGCAGGUCAUCAUCAUCCAGGGGUAUGACGGGGAGUUUGCCCUCGAUGCCUCUGUGGAAGAAACAGCCGCAGCCACACUGCAGACACUGGCAAUGGCUGGCCAGGUGGCCAGAGUGGUACACAUCACAGAAGAUGGGCAGGUCAUCACUACAAGUCAAAAUGGGGCUCAUGUGGGCAGCGUAAUGCCCGGACCUGUUCUCCCUGAGCAGCUGGCAGAGGGAACCACCCAGGUGGUCGUCGUUGGAGGUUCCAUGGAAGGUCAUAAUGUGGAUGAGUCCUUUGAUCCUCGUGGCUCUGUGAUACAGCAGGUGACCAAACAGGAGGUUUUAAGUCUCUCUGAGGGUGGAGUUCCUCCAUCAGAUGCCUCUUCAGCCUUAGAUGCAUUGCUUUGUGCUGUCACUGAGUUGGGGGAAGCAGAAGGUAGGGUUGGGCAUGAGGAAAAGGGCAGGCCUGACCACAAGGACAUGCUGAUCCAGCUGCCCACUCAGGAGGCGUUGCACACAACUCCUGACCCCGAAGCCCCAGAAAUCCAGAUGUUUCAAGAUGCUCAGGAGAGUCCAGCAGCUGUGGAGGUGCUGACCCAAGUGGUCAGGCCCUCAACUAUCAUCACAUCUCAAGAGCGGGCUCAGGUAGCCUUCAAGAAGAUGGUCCAAGGAGUCCUCCAGUUUGCUGUGUGUGACACUGCCACAACUGGUCAGUUGCUUAAGGAUGGCGUCACCCAAGUCAUCUUGAAUGAAGAGGGCACUGUCCACAUGGUGGCUGGGGAGGCCUCCCAGUUCAUUAUGCAGGAGGCUGAGGCCCACAGCCUGCGGGUGCCAGCUGAGCACAUGGACCUGGUAGAGUCUGAGGGGGAGAUCUCACAGAUCAUUGUGACAGAGGAGCUGGUCCAGGCCAUGGUUCGGGAGUCCAGUAGCAGCUUCCCAGAGGGUACAACUCACUACAUUGUGACAGAAUUGCCCCCAGGGGUGCAGGAUGAGGCUGGUGUGUACUCUCACACUGUGAUAGAGACCACCGACUCUGAGGAGAUCCUGCGAGCUGGGACUGCACUCAGCUCUGAGGCUGUGGCCACAAAUGGCACAGAACAGUUAACAAGCAUGGUCAUUUAUACCCAGGAAGGCACCCCAGCAGCAACAGUGAUUCAGAGCCAAAGAGAAAGUAAUGAGCUUCUAGAAGCAUGAGGCAUAUCCUCAGUGCUGGGCAUAGGGCAGGUGUGCAAAGAUGCCUGCUGAGCUGGCAAGUGUUCCAUGAGCUUUGUAAGCCUUCCACAUGGAAAGGACAUAUGCUCUUCUGGUUAAGAUAACAUCAGCCACCAAAAAGACAUGGAAAGCCUAGAGCCGGGCUGGCCAAGGAAGAGUCAGGGUCCUCUGAGAAGGCCAAGGCAGGCAGGCCCUGUGCAGUGGAGCCUGUCACUGUUUGGUCCCUUUGCUCAUGGCCUUCCCGCUGUUCCACCAUUGCACUGAGGAGAAGCAAUUCUCCAUGGCUUUUUCCUAUAAAUAUUGGCCCAUGUCAGUCAUCAAAAGAUGGUGCCCUGUGGUGGGAAUGUUUGCUGUGUCCUCAGCCUCUCAGCUCCAGCUGCCCGGCCUGCAACUCUCCUGACAUUUCCUUGUGUUUGGUCACAGAUCGCAGCCAUUGUGACUGCAUCCUGAAGCAGGCUGCCCCAUUCUUUUCUUUUCUUUCUUUCUUUUUUUUAAAUUUUAGGAUAAUGACAUCACCAGACCAAAGGAAGCCUAUUAGUUUGUUUCAUGUAUAAAUUUCCUCUUUUCAAACAUUUUAGGUAUCCCCAUUGCACUAGUCACAUACUAUGUUAAAGAAAUCUUAACUACACCUUGAGCAAGCCUUGAAGUUUGUAUUCAGUUAAACUGUAACUUGAUGAAAACAGCUGAUGCUUUUAAUUUUGACUUAGUUUCAUAGCCAAAGUCUACACAUGAAAUGUACACUCUGGAAAAUAUUGGUUAUAUCAAUAUUUUGCUUUUUAUAAUGUUCAUAUUGAUAUCAUUUUUGUAGAUUUAUUUGUAAUUACGUCAGUUUGCAAAGGCUGACAUUGAUCAUUAACAAACAGAAACUGAGACCCUGCAACCUCACCUUGCCCAGCAUUGCCUGAGUUGUACAUUAACUCCACGGUUGGAUGCAAGUUUAUGUUUCAGUAAUUUGUUUCUUGAUGCUAUUGAUCUUAUUUCUUUUCCAAAAUUGUAAAAUAAUCUCCUCUCUCAAAGGCAAAAGUUGCUUCUGUUCUGUUUUGUUUUCUUCAAAAUAAAAUUAUAGCAUUAAAACAAAA